GUGCCGCUUUGCACUCACUCGAAAAGCCCAGAAAUGGCUACAGUUAAAGUCAGAGACAGCGUAGUUUGUAUGACGCUCACAGAUUCCACCGUCAAGAAAGCCGUAAAGUCCUACACCAUGUCCAAGCGCUACAUAAACACCAUGCUAAAGGCAACCGCAAUAAAUAUUUUAUAUCACCGUCUCAGUAUCGACGAAAACCAAUUUAUUACCAAGAAAUUCAAGGAGAUUACGUACAGAUCGUUCAAAUCAAAAUCCAAGAACAUUUUCAUCCGCAACUUCCACACCUACAUGUUGGCAUGUAAAGAUGCCAUAGACAAGAAUUACUUGCACGAAUUUUUCUUGUUUAUCAUCGACACAAGCUCGGGAGACGUUAUCGAAAAUUACAAAUUUUCCUUCCAAUACGCCGAAAACGACGAGCAGAAGUCGGCUCAAAGCGGAGAAAAUUUAAUUGAAAGCACUUGCGAAUUGCUGCGAACCCUGGAAGAGUUGGGAAAGCACAAAAAGUUCGACGCGGAAAUAGAGAUCCGAGUCGAGUUUACGUAUUUCGAUGACACACCCGAAGACUACGAACCUCCGGGAUUUCACAACAUUGAUGAAUCUGAAAGUUUCGUGAAAAAGAUAGACAAGGGAGGAAAUUCAGUUAUCAUAGGGACCUUGUUUACGGGUUUCCAUAUGAUGAAAUGUCGUGGGAAGGGGGAUAUUUUUAAUUUCAAUCGUACCCCUACACCGAGUAACGAAGAAUGUGAGGUGAACGAAGCCAUAGAAGAAGCGGAAUCGAAAGUAAACGAAAAUCCAUCGGGUGUGACUGGUAUGACAGUCACCAACAACGACAUUUUUACGGAGGAUUUUCUUGAAGAAACGGAGAACGGAAAAGCUAGAGGAAAGAAGGAGAACGAUCAUAAUAAGACACUGAACGAUACUUACAUGUCGGCGUGCAUCGACAUUUCGAGCGACGAAGACGAUGCCGUUGACUGUCCAUGUAAACUUCCAACGAUGGAUUCGUGUCAAGUUGACGAUAUUGCUUGCUCUAUGUGUAAGCGGCGAUAUCAUACACCGUGUCAAGGGUACUUGGAUAAUAGUUACAUUCACGGCAAUUUUCGUUGUUGCUACUGUAAAGGCGAAAAUGAUAGCAUUUUCGCACCAUUUGAUGUUCGCCAAUCGAUGUACUUGUAUAGAAUCAGAUAUAUCGUGGGAACGUUGUAUAAAUAUAAGAAUGUUCCGGAGGAAUUCAAAACUGUUUUCGGCGACACUUUGAAAAAUUUAGAGAAAUUUGGAAUUUUUGAUUUUGAAGGAAGUGUCAUUAAAAGCGUCAAUACAAAGCUUUUGUACGACUUGUUCAAAUCGGACUACAUUUACAAAUUGCCUGAAGCCGGACAGUUUAAAAAUAUAGCGUUGUAAGGAUAGUAGUUAAAAGUGUGGCUAAACUUAAUUUUUGUUGUCCUUAUUGUAUUUGUUGCUAGUUAUCGUUCAACAUUAACUCUGUAUAUCGUUAGUAAAUAUGUUAUUGUUUAGUGAAAGUGAUC